UCGUUCGGCUGCGUUACAUCGCGACCACUGUGCUGCCUCUCUGUACGUUUCGUUCAAUUAUUCAAAUUAACACACCUUGCACACAAAAUUCGAACGAGUCGAUUUCAUUUCAUUUAUCAUUAAAUAGUCUACGUUUCUCUCGUUUCGAUGUUUCAACGUUGCAACGUAGUGGAUAGUUGAGAAAAUUCGAAAGUGAUUGUCGAAUAGGAAAUUUCUCCAAAGAACAUCUCCCUUAAUUUGGUAAACGAGUGACCUAGACAGUUUUCACCUAUAGUUUGGCCAUCGAUAUUAAAAUUCCGAUCACGCGGCCACCGGUGAACAUGAUUAACAGAUAUCGGUAUCGCAAUAUAUUUUUUGUACUAUCCUGUUUCUUUCUUCAGGUUCCGAGUUGCAUUCAUGUAAAUGGUCAUGGACGUUUAAUGGACCCACCUGCACGGAAUAGUAUGUGGCGUUUUGGAUAUCCGAAUCCUGUAAAUUACAAUGACAAUGAACUCUUUUGUGGAGGUUAUGCAGUGCAAUGGGUGGAGAAUAAAGGCCAGUGUGGAGUGUGCGGUGAUGCUUAUCACUUGAAAGAGCCGAGACCACACGAAGCGGGUGGCGAAUACGCAAAAGGCACUAUCGUUAGACAUUACACGGUUGGUCAGGAUAUCGACGUCGAGAUCGAGCUUACGGCCAACCAUUUAGGAAGAUUUGAAAUGUAUCUUUGUCCAAAUAACAAUCCAAGGCACGUAGCAAACCAAGAAUGCUUUGAUAGAUAUCCGUUAUAUAUAUCGGGAACCCGAGACGUCCGAUUUGAGAUACCUCCAGACACUGAAAGAAAAGCUAUAUUUCGGUAUAAGGUAACUUUACCACCGUAUGUUACCUGUACGCAGUGUGUGAUACAAUGGAACUAUUACACUGGUAAUAUGUGGGGCACCUGCGAAAAUGGAACCGAAGCUAACGGAUGUGGAAGACCAGAGACGUUUCGAAAUUGCGCUGAUGUGAGCAUCGUUACUAGCACAGCCGGAGUACCGCCGCUCUUUGUACAGCAGGACAAUCCCUUUUUGCUCUAUUACAAAGACUAUCGUUCUCCGAAUAACAUAUUUCCGCUUGUCGUUAGAUCUCAGGUAUGCAUGUCCACUCACCUUUAUCGGCGUAUACCAGGAAUGAAUGACUGGUGUCAAACCAACUGUCUUCGCUAUCCGCCAAAUUGCCCAACAGCUAUUUGCCAAUGCCCGGAAUUGUGUGACGCGAUUGGAGAUAUUGCUGGCAAAGACGGUGCAAGCGUUUAUUGCAUGGAUAAGUGUUUAGUAUACCCUUCCAAUUGCCCCUCUCAACGUUGUCGCUGUUAUUAGGCAAAUUUCAAUUACGCGCAGACAAUUUGGUGCGUAUGGAAUUGUAUCGUGAAUCUUUAGCUCUUAUUCGACGAUUAACGAUUAACAAAAUGAUUGUAAUUCGAUAAUGUUUAUCAAUUUUGGCAGAAAUAACUGGAACACCGUUAUGUCCAUACUUGAAGUUUAUUGUCAAGUGAGAAACUUAACUAAACAAUUGUAAAUGAUGACGCAGAAAUGAUAUCUAUGUUGUAAUUUUAUCGAAUUUGACAUUUGAUUACGUAUAGAAAUAUGACUGAUAUCUAUCGAAAAACUGCCACCACCGUCCACGAGAGCUAUUCCAUUUACUUUGUAACGAUCUAAUGUUAAUGCUUGAUAAUUCUAGUAAUCUCUUGAUAAUCUUUCCCAUUUGUGUUUUACGCGAUGAAUAAAUAUUUACAUAAUG